CAAACCAUCAAUCCGCAUCCAAGACACCACACCACAUCCACGACAUCAUACCACAUCCACGACAUCAAUCCGCAAUGGCAUCCCGUCCUGACCAAUACCGAUCCAACUCAUUCUUGUCGCUGCUGACCACCGUCGACACCGACGAGGCCGAGGCCGCCUACCUCAGCAAUGUCGAAAGCGGUGCCAGGGUCUACAUGACCCAGUCCGAAGCCAUCCACUCUCUGGCAAACCGGAUCCUACAUUCGCAAAUGUACCAGAUUGUAUAUCUGGUGAUGGGCAUCAUCUCGGUCGUUUGUGUGGUCCUGUCGAUUGUCGAGCGAUGCCCGUCAGGUUGGUUCUACGUUCUCGAGGCCAUCGUGAACCUGGUCAUGAUUGUCGAGGUCGCCAUUCGAUUCUAUGCACUCGGAAAGAUGUACUGGAGCUCGCUCUGGAAUGUCCUCGACAUCUGCAUCGUGGUGCUCUGUGUCAUCACCCUGGGCUAUCUGACUUUUGGCGAGUGUUCCAAGAGCCGCUCGCGCGAAGCUGUGGCCGAUACCCUCCUGCUGGUGAUCCGCAACGGCAUGCAAUUCGCUCGUUUGUUCCUAAUGUGGUCCAAAAACCGCCGCAACAUCAUCAACCGCCCAGCAACCGUCAACUUUGAAGCAGUCCGCGGCGAGUCCGUGGACUAUAUGCGACCGGAGCUCACCCUGCCCACAAACAACGGCGUCUUGUACGAGGAGGAGCGGGACGACUACUUUUGAGCAAUAACUGAGGAAUAAAAAAACACAA